UUUUUAGCGCCCGUAGCACGAUAUUCGUUUUAAACCGUAAAUAUUCGUAAAUAAAUGAAUAAAAUUGGAGUAAUGGAUACUGAUAUAUAGUUCGGAAUCGAAUGACCAUAGUUCAAAGCUAGGAACCAAGAAAAAUCGAAUAUGUAUAUAUAAAGCCCAUUGGUAAUGAUUUAAUAUAUAAAUGAUUGAAACAAUGAUUAUUUCGAAGAUCCCUUAAAGAACGUUUACAGUAAUACUAUGACUUCGCUGAAAGAGAAUCUUUUGAAUCAGGUGGCGGAAACUUUACCCUCUGGCGGCAAUAAAAUUACUAUUGUUGGUGUCGGUCAGGUGGGUAUGGCUUGUGCAUUUAGUAUUCUAGCGCAAAAUAUCUCCAGUGAAAUUUGUUUAAUGGACGUUUGUAAGGAUAAAUUAAUGGGUGAACUAAUGGAUUUGCAACAUGGAUCGAAUUUUUUGAAAAAUCCUAAGAUAACCGCAAGCGCCGAUUAUGUCGAAUCGGCUAAUUCACGUUUAUGCAUUGUUACCGCCGGCGUGCGACAAAAGGAGGGAGAGUCUCGUUUAUCGCUGGUACAACGUAAUACCGAUAUAUUAAAGCAAAUCAUACCAAAGCUAGUAGAAUAUAGCCCUGAUACAAUCAUUUUAAUGGUCUCUAAUCCAGUUGACAUUAUGACUUAUGUCGCCUGGAAAUUGUCUGGUCUACCAAAGAAUCGGAUUAUUGGUAGCGGUACGAAUUUGGAUUCGUCACGUUUCCGUUUCUUAAUGUCUCAGCGUUUAGGCGUCGCUCCCACUUCAUGUCACGGUUGGAUUAUAGGAGAACAUGGCGACAGUUCAGUUCCCGUAUGGUCGGGUGUAAAUAUAGCUGGUGUACGUUUGCGUGAAUUAAAUCCAAGCAUCGGGACUGCACAGGAUCAUGAAAAGUGGUGCGAUGUGCAUAAGCAAGUUGUGCAAUCGGCCUACGAAGUUAUCAAAUUGAAAGGCUACACUUCAUGGGCGAUUGGCUUAAGUACGGCCGCUUUAGCCUCGGCCAUUUUACGCAACACAAGUGCUAUUGUAGCCGUCUCGACAUCGGUAUUGGGCGAACAUGGCAUUGAUAAGGAUGUCUUUUUAUCAUUGCCCUGUGUUUUGAACGCGAAUGGUAUUACGCAUAUGAUCCGACAGAUAUUGACUACCGAUGAGAUACAACAAUUGCAGAAAUCUGCUAGCAUUAUGGCCGAAGUACAAGCUAAUCUAAAAUUUUAAAUUCUUAAUAUUAUGACGAUCUGAUAAUAACUUCUAGAACAAAAUCUAAAUCAUCUAUUUACUUAGCGAAAUAAAAUGUUAGAAUACUUUUUAAAUAUUUAUAAAGGAAAAAUAUAUAUAUCUGUAGAAGGACAAACAUAAAGAUGAGAGCAAUCGCAGAAGGAGAAAAUUGUGGGGAAAUACAUACAAGGGCUCAUAAUUUCAGCAAUUUUCAACGCACAUUAAGCGCAUGAUUAUCGCUUCACUUAAUCACCGUGAAUGCUCUUAUGAUGUCAUUAACUGUUUGUCUUUCAAAAGCCAAUACGCAAUUUGUGAUAUCUUAAAUGAAUUUUGGCCGUAACAAUGAAUGUUGAAGACGAGAGACGAGAUCGAGCACUAUUAUCACAUCGCUUAUCGCAUCAUGCGCUUAUCGAGACCGCAGACCAUCGAUUCGACGUUAGAGAGAUGAGAGAAAGUAUGAAGGUACAUCCAAGAAAAGCGUUUGUCACAUCUUGAAUCAAGACUUAGGCAAACCGCCCGUUAUCGGUCGCGUUCUCUAGCAGUGAAAGAAAAGCUUCGAGUCGCAAACCGAUAGGAAUACAGUGACAACAUCGAAUGGAUAAAAGUCCGGUUUGCUGCCUCAUCACACCAUCUCCUUCAAGUCUAUCCCCAACGACUAAUGUGAUUCUCAAAACAAAAUACUUGGGAAAAAUACAGUUCGAUUAAAUCAUGAAAUGAUUGCGGAAAUAGUUGUUCUGCAAGGAGGCCAUCAAAAUAUUGACGAACCGUCGGAGUAAUUGUAUUAUUCGCAAAGAACGUUACGUCUAAAAAUAUGUUUUCCUUUUUUGUUUAGGCCGGCAACUUUUCAGCCAAACUUCAUACAUAAUUAGAAACGUUUAGUUUUACAUAAAAUAAUUAAAAUAUAUGUUUAUCGUUUCUCGUUUAUUGUUUCUGUUUCUG